AUGCCAUUAACCUACUCUCAACUAAUACCAGGAUUGCCUAGAUUUCCAGGAUUACCUGGAAUUCCGGGAACACCAGGACUUCCGGGAAUUCCUAAAAUUCCUAGACUUCCCGGAACUCCGGUACUUCCGGGGAUUCCAGGAAUUCCGGGACUUCCGGGAAUUCCGGGACUUCUGGGAACUCCGGGACUUCCGGGAAUUCUCGAAAUUCUGGGACUACCGGGAACUCCGGGACUACCGGGAAUUCCGGGAAUUUCGGGACUUUCGGGAACUCCGGGACUACCGGGAAUUCCAGGAAUUCCGGGACUUCCGGGAACUCCGGGACUUCCGGGAAUUCCAGGAAUUCCGGGACUUCCGGGAACUCCAAGACUUCCGGGAAUUCCUGAAAUUCCGGGACUUCCGGGAACUCCAGGACUUCAUGGAAUUCCGGGACUUCCGCGAAUUCCUGAAUUUCCGGAAACUCCAGGAACUCCAGGAUUGCCUAGAUUUUCAGGAGUUCCAGGAAUUCCAAGACUUCCAGGAAUUUCAGGAUUGCCUAGAUUUCCAAGGAUUCCAGGAGUUUCAGGAACUCCAGAAUUUGCUCAGAUUAACCAGUGUUUUGCAUCACUAAAUAGCAUUCAGCGAUGUCUGCCAUCGCUUUUCACUUACCCAAUUAGUGGUCUCACCCCUUCCUCUUCAUGCUGCAAUGCAUUUUUAAAUAUCAACGAAAAUUGUUGGUCAUUUAUUUUCCCCUUAGUCCCAAAUACUCCAAAACUGAUUCAGAACUUUUGCAGCACUCAAAAAGCAUCUCCACCACCUCUUGAAUGA